AUACGACAGUGAUAGAGUUGCAUUGGCAGACGGUUCUUUUACGAAUAAAUUCAGAUACAAUAAAAUCUUUUCAAGUUAUUCUUUAUGUACAUAAAUAGUAAUGUUGUAUAUUUCUUUUGAAGACCAACUCAUACAACGAUUUUUUAAUGUAACUUCUACAAUCAGUUUUAUAACUGUUCAUUGCGCUUUUUGUAUUUCGAUCCAUUGUACAUCGAAUCUACAAAUACCCCUUCUUAUCAUUUUUUAUUUUUGUAAUUAUAGUUUCCAUUGUACAUUACGAAACAAUAUUAUACUGAAGGGAAUAAGAAAUUAUUGGCUUGAAUUUUAAACGCAUAUUGAUAUAUACGAAAUGUAUUAGGUCACUGAAACAAUUGCUAUUACGGGAUCGUCGUUUGUAGAAAUAAAAGAAAAGCAAAUGUGCUGCGUAGAUUUCCAUUAGUCUAUAAUAUUUGUACGGACCCGGGUGACGAUUAGAAACCAUAAAGUAAAAACGAAGUAUAGUGGUGAUUUUCAAGACGUUUACCAUCGAUUGUAAGUUAAGUUGAAGUUUCGGAUAACGGACAAAGUACUAGCUUCAUUCGAUUAAUGUAUUCGAUUAAAAUAUUACCUAUCUCUACAAUGAAUUGACCAUUUCGGUGAAAACAUGUAUUAUAGUUGUUUUCGCGGAAUAGUAUUGGGUAAAUUACUAUAAAGAUAUUUUCCAUAUAAAUUUUCGUGAACCAAUGUGACUUCUUUGCAAGUAUUGGUUUUCUUAGAUAUACAUAGAACUAUACCCGGUUAUCAUAUUAAUAUUGAGGAUGAGUACCUUUUCUUAAAAAAAAUUAGCUUCUUUCCUACUAUUUGGGGAUCUGACCGUUACGUUUCGGCCCUGGUGCAGCUGUUUAUAUUUCCUGCCAAUUCUUGUUGAACAGGGUAUAGCGAACAUUGCUGCGUCGCCGCUUUACGGGAAUCCCAACAUUAUACAUAUAGUAUAAUUGCGUUGUUUAACUUGUUUGCAUUUUUCAAGCGUUUUAUUUCACGAUACCGCAUUGCAAUAUAUAUUUUAAAUUCCUUAUUACGAUAUAGAAAUAUAGUUGUUUAGUUCCAACUUCUAUAAGUUUUCUAAAGAGUCAAGAACGUAUCUUCAAGAUAAACUGAAAGAUAUUAACAACAAACAUGUUAUAUGUACAUAUUGGUAAAUAUAAAACAUUCAUUGAAAUGAAGCAAUAAGAAGUUUUUUACUUCAUAAGGUAAGCAGUAUUUUGACAUUGCUAACGAAUAUCGACUUUUACAAAUCAUUUUUAUAUAUAUGAUAAUGUUUUUGAACAUUUUAGUUUUACUAAUAAGUAAUUCUAUAUAUGAAAUAUGCAUGACAACAUAGAUGUACUUAUGUACAUGGAUGCUGUGAAAAUAAAGAAACAUCUUUCUUCUAUUGGACAAAAAGGUGUUGAUGAAAGUGUAGUAUGUGAACUAUUGAGUAGCUUUGGGCCUAAUUGUGAUCUGAAUUUUAUAAUAGAUAUGUUAACAGGAAUAGGUAGCAUGAAAGACUACGAGUUUGAUACUAAUUUGGCAGAAGCUGGACCUUCUAAUAUAAGGAAUGUAAACUAUAAUACAUCAAAAUGUAAAGCUAUUAAUGAGAAAAUGGUCGCAGAAAAAUUAAUUUCAAACGAGUUAUCUCCUAUUACAUAUUCAGAACUGAUGUAUUCAAGCAAUUCAGAUUCAGAUGAUUCUUAUUCUGCAAACUGUCAUGAAUUCCAAGAACCAUCUUCACCUUUAGAUGCAAAUACAGAAUUUUGUGGUGCUGCAUCUAAUGCCAAUGAUGAUUCUUCAUGUACUGUUGUUGAUAUAGAAAUACUAGAAGAAAAUAAUAAUGACCCAAACAAUAAUUUAGAUUCCAUAGAGAGAUUCCAAGAACAGUUAAACUCAAGUUCAGAGCCACCUGGUAACAGACAAAGAAUAAAGUCUGCGAAAUGUUUAAAUAAUCCAACACCAGGUUGUAGCAAGGAUUUUGAUGAAACCAAAUCUGAUUAUUUUCUUGACAUAAAAUUACAAGAAGAAGCUACACAAAUAUGUAAUCUUUUACCUAAGCUUAAACACAAGUUAGUCUAUGCUACUCUACGAAAAAAUUGUAAGGCAGAAAAUCGUGUAGAGCUCAGCCUCUGGGAUUUAUUACCAAAUAAAAGGCCAACGGUGAAAUUUUCAUUUAAAAGAAAAUUGGUAGGUAACGAUUCUUUUAAAGAAUCUGAUAAGAUCUCUUCCAAAUUUAAAAUUAUCGAAUGUACGGAGACAGAUUCCUCGGGUAAUUCGUUAAAAAAUGCGAAGCGGAAUGAAAAACAAAUUAAUUGUGCGCAAAAAAUAAACAUUCCUCUGCUCACGACGAAUAUUAGUUCACGUGACAAAAAUGUCAUAAUAGUGGACAAUUUAUUUAGUAGCAGUGAUUCUGAACUAUCAGAACAUCCAAUGGAUGGCUAUAAAGGUUUUCAAUCUACUCAAAAUCGUAUAUUACAACCAGCAAAAUUAGUGCUUGGUAAAAGGCAAUCACCUAUGAAUCGAGUUCCCGCAGUUUCUUCUCCUAUUUUGUCUCCAUCGAAAUUAACAUACAUUACUGCACCGGAGCACAAAAUUGCAAACAGUAAGAACAUGUCAAAAUAUGCAAGAUGUAAAAAUAAAGAAUCUGUAAAAAAAAUGAAUAUACCUUUGGGAAGAAAUGUUUUUCUACCAACUACAACAAACGAAUCAAUGGAUCUGUACAUGAGCUAUUUAAAUUAUGUAAAAGAUAUGAAAAAACAGAAAUUAAUUGGAAAAGCUCCAAAUUUUGAUUUUGAAAUGAGAUAUCAGGCAAGAGAAAUAUGCCUAAAGCCACAGAUUGCAAAUUGUAGCGUGAAUAAUUCACAGUUCAAAAAUACAACAAAUUCAUCAAAGACAUUAAAUGUUGUUAACAUAGAUUGCGGUAGUGAUAGCAUAGCAAAUAAUUUAAAUUUUGAAACCACUAACACUGUAAGUUCUACCAAUUUGUCAUGUCAUAAUGCAUCUACUAAUGCAACAGCAACGAAUUCGCAAAAUGCAUCUCGGAAUGAAUCAGCUAGUACUAUGUCUGAAAACUCUGAUUUAGCAACAAAAACUGUAAAUUUACAAAACUCUAAAAAGAGAGUUGUAUUCCACGAUGAAUCUGCCGAGCCAACAGUAGAAGUAGCCGCAGCAACGGGAGUUGAUUCAGAUAUUCUAUUACAUCCUGGAUCUAGUAAUACAACAACAAAUUCAAUUCUUCCAUCCACCUCGGCUCAAGUUAUUAGUACAGUAGCAAGUUUAGAUAAUUUAUUACCUCAAAGUAAGCUAAGCAUUAGAAGUACAAUUUCAAAUAUUGCCACAUCUUCAACUGCAUCAACUGCCAUACCAACAAGCUCUGAUACGUUUAUUUCCACUAUGCCAUCUAUCGUUCCUACAGUAAGUGAUGGUAAAUCUCAUUCAAGAAAAUACUUAGAAGACAUUUUGGACGAACUGUCAUCUUCUUCCGAAGGUGACUCUAUAGCUGAUGUAGAACAUGCAUGUGGAGGUGUUAAGAAAAAAGCUCGUAAAUACAAGAUACUUGAUCUGCCUCCAAAAUUUCAACAAAUGUAUGAAGAAUUAAUGUAUCUAUUUCCUGAACAAGAUAAGAAAAUUAUUAAAAAUGUAUGUUUCAUGCAUUUGAAGAAAGAAAAAAAUAGUGAUCAAACUAUACAAUUAGAGAACUUAAUUGACUUUAUACUUGAGAAUGAAAGUCUAUACUAUCUAUAUGAAGAUAAUAAAGAUGGGGAAGAGAUUACACAAGAUUGUCAAAAAAAAACCAGUAUUAAAUAUAAUCAGUAUAUUUAUUUGUCAAGUGUCUUUCCCAAUGCGGAUUCAGCAUAUUUGGCAAAAGUUGUAGCAAGCAAGGCUGGCGAUCAGGAUUCUAUAAAUAACUUUAUAGAUUCUCAAUUUGAGAAUCCGACUUAUCUCACAAAAGAGACGGAGGAGUUGAGGAGGAGAAAAAAUAUAGAACAACAAAUGCAGUACGCUUAUGAUUUUAAUGCGAAACAAUUUUUGGAAACAAUUCCAGAUCCAUUUAAUUAUUUUGAAGAUCCAAAUAGACAGUGCGAAUAUAGUGAAUCUGCAUUGAAUUUUCUCAAGUAUCAUUUCAAACGAUUUAAGACUAAUACUUUGAAGAAUCUCUAUGAAACACAAAAGUAUAAUUUAACUUCCACUGCACGAGCCUUGGAAAACAUGGUACCUGACAAAUAUCCAGAACGGAUUAAAUACUUUAAGGAAUCAAAUCCUGAAGAGGAACGUGUAUUUAUAAUACAUAAGGUACAAAUUAGAGAAUACAUGAAUAAAUUGGAGGAAGAGGAGGAAGAGAAGGAAGCAUUCGAGAAAUUAAAGAGUAAUAAUGAACUUCUCGAGUGCCAGUGUUGUUAUGAUAAUGAAUGCAUGCCAUGUAAAUGUUCAACAUGCGACGAUGGGCAUAUAUUUUGUAAUUCAUGUAUUAGAAGAGGCAUUGAAACAAAAUUGGCGAACGGUGAAACAAAUACUUCAUGUUUUAUAAACUGUGUCGGCGAAUUCAGACUUUCUACUCUACAGAAGAUACUACCACCAACGCUAUUUAGUAUUCUUAUCAAUAAGAAACAAGAAGCGGAAGUAAUGGCUGCUGGGUUAGAAGGUUUAGUUUCCUGCCCGUUUUGUCAUUUUGCGUAUAUACCUCCUCCGGAGGAUAAAAUUUUUAAAUGCCUUAACGUUAAAUGCAUGAAGGAGUCAUGUCGAUUAUGUAAAGAGAUAAAUCACGUGCCUCUGAAAUGUCACGAAGAAAGAAUUGACCAAGCGCGUUUGUUCGUGGAAGAGAAAAUGACUGAGGCUCUUGUGCGUAAAUGUUACAAAUGUAGCCGUCCGUAUUACAAAGACGAUGGUUGCAAUAAAAUUCAGUGCCAGUGUGGUGCUACGAUGUGUUAUAUUUGUGACGCAGUAGUCACAGGGUAUAACCAUUUUCAUAAUGGUAACGUUGCUUCUUCGAAACGUUGUCCAAUGUGGAGCACCAAUGAUCUAAUAAAUGACGAAACAGUUAAAGAAGUUGGGAAAAAAGCUUUAGAAUACGUAAAAAACAAAGAUCCCAAUAUCAAAAUAGAUGCAGCUGAUCUGAUACUUGGUAAUAGCAGUAAUGCAGACAAUCCUCUCAGAAAAUCAUACGUACUUUCGGAACGCGUAAACAAAAUAACACAAUUUGAUACGUAGCGUUACUCUCUUAAUUGUGA